AAGCGAGGGAGUCCGGGAGGCCGGCCGGCCAGGGAGAGAGAGAGGCAGCCAGAGCGGGAGGGAGAGAGUUCGCGGAGACGGAGUCCUAGCCGAGAGCGAGCGAUCGGGCAGAAAGCCCCCGGAGGGAGCACUUGGCGUGCCGGGCCGAAGAGAGCGGCGUCCGCCUUAGAGGCGCCCGGUGGCCGGCCUCUUCCGCGUGGGGGUGGGGGAACCUCUGGGUCUCCAGGUGAACCUUGGCGCCGGGCCUCACCGCUGCUCCUCCAGGCCGCUCCGUUCCGUGUCUGUCGGAGAAAAGUGCCCUCCCUGCCUCGCCUUUGUUUCCAGAACGGGGUUUGGCGGCCCUCGGUCGUCGGGAUGGCUCCAGCACGCGUGUGGCCGCUGCUACCCCUCCUCCUCCUGGCUUCCCUGCCUGCGCACUUGGAUUCGUUGGCUGUGAUGUCAGUGGACAUGGGUAGUGAAUCUAUGAAGAUCGCCAUUGUGAAGCCUGGGGUGCCAAUGGAAAUUGUGUUAAACAAGGAAUCUCGGAGAAAAACACCAGUGGCUGUAACUCUAAAGGAGAAUGAGCGCCUCUUUGGUGACAAUGCUGUGGGAAUGGGCAUCAAGAACCCAAAAGUGGCUUUCCGGUAUUUCCAGGAUCUCCUGGGCAAGCGCGUUGAUAACCCACAAGUGACCAUGUACCAGUCACGGUUCCCAGAACAUGACCUGGUGAAAGAUGCAAGGAGGGAGACAGUCAGUUUCAAGCUGUCAGACAAAUUGCAGUAUACCCCAGAAGAGAUCCUGGGCAUGGUUCUCAACUAUUCUCGGGCACUGGCAGAGGAAUUUGCAGAACAGCCUGUCAAGGACGCUGUGAUCACUGUCCCUGCCUACUUCAACCAGGCGGAGAGGAGAGCGGUCCUGCAUGCAGCAAAAAUGGCAGAUCUCAAGGUUUUGCAGCUCAUCAAUGAUAACACAGCUGUGGCUUUGAACUAUGGGGUGUUCCGAAGGAAGGACAUCAAUGCUACAGCCCAGAAUAUUAUGUUUUAUGACAUGGGAGCAGGCAGCACUGUGUGUACCAUCGUGACUUACCAAGCAGUGAAAACCAAGGACUCAGGAACCCAGCCUCAGCUUCAGAUUCGGGGUGUUGGAUUUGAUCGCACACUGGGAGGGUUGGAGAUGGAGCUGCGCCUCCGUGACCAUCUGGCCAAACUCUUCAAUCAGCAACAUCCAUCAAAGGAUGUCCGGAAAAACCUCCGGGCCAUGGCCAAGUUGCUAAAGGAAGCCAAUCGUGUGAAAACAGUGCUAAGUGCCAAUGCUGACCAUGUGGCCCAGAUCGAGGGCUUGCUGGAUGACAUUGACUUCAAGGCCAAAGUUUCACGGCAGGAAUUGGAGGAGCUGUGCUCUGAUUUGUUCGAGCGGGUUGCAGGACCUGUGCAGCAGGCAGUCAGCAGUGCUGAGAUCGGUUUGAAUGAAAUUGACCAGGUGAUCCUUGUCGGUGGUGCCACUCGCGUCCCAAAGGUGCAGGAAUUUCUGCUAAAGGCAGUUGGCAAGGAUGAGCUGGGCAAAAACAUCAAUGCUGAUGAAGCAGCUGCAAUGGGUGCUGUCUACCAAGCAGCUGCCUUGAGCAAAGCCUUUAAGGUGAAGCCUUUCAUUGUCCGUGAUGCAGCUGUUUUCCCCAUCCAGGUUGAGUUCACCCGUGAGGUGGAAGAGGAGGAUAAAUCCAAGAGCCUUAAACACAACCGGCGGAUCCUGUUCCAGCGCAUGGCUCCGUAUCCCCAACGGAAGGUCAUCACCUUCAACCGAUACACAGAUGACUUUGAGUUCCAUGUCAACUACGCAGAUAUGGGCUUCCUGGGUGACAGUGACUUGAAAGCUUUUGGGUCCUUGAAUCUCACAAGGGUGAAGCUGCAUGGAGUGGGCGAGAGCUUCAAGAAACAUUUGGAUUACGAGUCCAAAGGCAUCAAGGCUCAUUUCAACAUGGACGAGAGUGGUGUGCUGAGCCUCGAUCGUGUAGAAUCUGUGUUUGAGACUCUGGUGGAGGACAAGCCAGAGGAGGAAUCCACACUGACAAAACUUGGGAACACCAUCUCCAGUCUCUUUGGAGGAGGGAGCCCUGUGCCAGAAGCACCUGAAAACUUGACUGAGACUGUUCAGGAGGAAGAGGAGAGCCAAGCGGAAGCAGGUAAGGAGGACCAGAAGGAUGACAAUGGCGCUGCUAGUGAGGAGGAAGAAAGUCGGCCAACGCCAUCCCCAUCUCAGGAAAAAGCUGCUGAAGAUGCUUCAGCUGAGGACCAACAAGAGGAAGGAAGAGAGAAAUCAGACUCCCAGGAGGCCCAAGAGAAGACAGAUACUGGGAAGGAUGAGGAGCCUACAAAGAGCCCUGAGGGCCAUGGUGCCAAAGCAGCCGAGGAGGAGAAAAAGCUGAAGCCACCAAAGAAACAAAAGCUGGUGGAGGAGAUUGCAGUGGAGCUGGAUGUGAAUGAUGUGCCAGAGUUGCUGCCAGAAGAAUUGCAGGACUCCAUUAAGAAGUUGCAAGAAUUGACUGAAAGAGACAUAGCAAAGCAUGAGAGGGAAAAGUCAGCCAAUGGCCUUGAGGCCUUCAUCUUCGAGACUCAGGAUAAGCUACAUCAGGAGGAGUAUAAGUUUGUUUCAACAGAAGAAGAGCGAGAGGAAAUUUCCAAGAAGCUGAGCGAGGCUUCCAACUGGAUGGAAGAGGAAGGCUAUACAGCCACAACUAAGGAGCUGAAAGAGAGGCUCUCUGAACUGAAGAAGCUGUGCCGGAGCCUUUUCUUCCGUGUGGAGGAGAGAAGGAAGUGGCCAGACCGUCUAGCUACCCUGGAAAGCUUGCUCAAUCACUCCAAUAUUUUCCUCAAGGGAGCUCGCAUGAUCCCAGAGGCUGAUCAGUUAUUCACAGAGGUGGAGCUAAGCACCUUGGAAAAAGUUAUAAACGAGACAACGUUGUGGAAGAAUGAGACCCUGGCAGAACAGACCAAGCUGUCACCCACCGAGAAGCCUACUCUGCUUUCCAAAGACAUUGAGCUGAAGAUUGCAGCUCUGGACAGGGAAGUGCAAUACCUCCUCAACAAAGCCAAGUUUUCAAAGAUCAGGCCCCCCAAGAAGAACACCACAAAAACAGAAGCGGGCAAGAACACCACUGUGCCUCCUGAGGGUGAAAAGGUCAUUCCUCCCAAGGAUGAUAAUCAAAAAGAUACACCAGAAGAUGCUAGCCCAGUCAAAGAACCACCCACAGAAGAAAAAGCACCACUGGAUGAUGAAUUGGGACCAGACUCUGGGCAACAAACUGACAAGAGGUCGGAAACAAGGGAAGACACCAGAGCCAAUGAUGAAUUAUAACAGUUCCUUAGCCACCGCCCCUUGCACCAACACCUAUUUAUUUACAGUUAACUCCAUUGUUUUUAUGAUGGACCUGGUUAGUGGAACAUGGCACAGACUGACAACAAACUGCAAUAGAGCUGUACAUUUUCUUUCUUUCUGUUGGGGAUUUAUUUGUUGCUGAUUUUGGUGUGUUGUCUUGUCUCUUCCUUUCUUUAAAAAUGACUUUGAGCUCACUGGGCACUCUUGCUGUGCUUUUCACAGCACUAUCCCCUGAAUUGCACUUCUAAACAGUAGAUUUAAAUCUACCUGAAACUGUUCUAGGAAAUGACAGUUUGCAUCAGCAGUUUUUUGGGCUACGCUUCACCUUCUGGAAACAUUAUUUGUCUGCAACUGGAAAUAUCAAAUUGGAACCUUCUGCUGAAGCCUCAUCAUGUUAUGGUUCAUCAACUAGGCUUGAAUGAGCAAGUCCCUUUAUAGCUUUACUCUUGGGCUGUUGAUGGACAGUUUUCUGUUUUGGGGGUGUCUGUGCAACCGAAAUGGAUGAAACAGGAGUGGGGAGUAAAAGUUGAUAACGCUUGGAAGGAAAACCAAAAUUCUCAAACAGAUAAUUAUACGACUCUGCUUUCAGAAGUAUUUAUCAGACAGUUGUAGCAUAGCAGGGAUGGCCACUGAUGAGACGCACAUCCCUAAUUCUUACUAUCAGUUACUGCCUUUAGUAAAACUCCCUAAUGCCAGUCAUUUUCUAAGAGGCCCAUGAAACUAUGCUGUUGUAAUAAAGCAGGAAAUCUGAUCUAUCCCAGAAAGGUACUAUUUUAUUUGCUCCACUAGUUGGUAGAUUUGCUUUCUAAUUGCCUUCCCAGCAACACUGGGCACUGUUCUUAGUCUUGCAAUUUCCUAAUACUGCUGAUGUUAUUUGGUGAUUUGGGAAGCUGGCUUACAAAGCUUGCUGUCUUGGGUGGUGAAUGCACAUCUUUGUGUGUGCACCUUUUAUUUACUAGCUCACUCACCCUAUUGGCAGCUGAACUUUACACUUUCCACUUUGGCCACCUAGUAGUGUAGUAGGGACAGCUUUGGCUACAGGACAAAUAAUUGUGAUACUUCAGUUUUCAGAAGUACAAAUCAGUCCAACUGCACAUAAACUAGAAUAUGUAAAGAUGCCACAAAGUAGAGGAAAAACUUCAUCCAGCCCUUUUUACUCCAAUUUCCCCUCUACACACAAUGUCCAAACUGUUCAAAGAAAUAUCAUAUGUAGACCAUGGUGAGACCCUGUUUUAUUUAACAUCAUUGCUCAGCAACUCAUUCCUAAGCACUGCCUCCUAGUCCCUAAAAUCAAUUUGGAAAUGUGUUCUUCUCUUGAAUUAAUUUCAAGACGUCUUUGUCUUAACUUGCAGCUUUGAGGAAUUAUUUCUCUUGUGUUCAGGCAGAAGUGGUAUGCCAAACGCUACAGGCUCCUAGAACAAGUCAAAUGUGAGAAAUUAAUACUAAAUUGUGUGCUGCCUGUUGUAAUGUCCCCUUUCCCCUCCAUUUCAACAAGCUUUAUACUUGUGCUUGGAAGUUUAGCUUGCCAUCUUUUCCAGUUGUGUGUAUAUAUAUAUACACACCCAGGUGUUUUUGCCUCUGUUAAAAUGUACAUUGAAUAUAUGGAUUUUGAUGAAAAUGGAGUUUAAAACCUUAUUAAAAACAGAGCAACUUUCUGCAUACCUCUGUUUUGAGCAGAAUGUGCAUUCUACUGUGAGCCUUGAUAAAGUAAUUGGAAUUUGAAUGUAAAUCUUGCUUUCCUGAAAAACAUUUCCCUGAAUUUGUCUUGUGCUGUGUCUGUCUUUUCUAAAAAAAAAAAUCCCCCUUUUGAACAGGGCAGGCUUAGAAGUUUUAAUUUCUCUGUCAUGGGAAUGUAAUUUG